AUUACAUUGGGAUAUUCACUAUAUUUCAGAAACCCUGAUCAUGAUGGGCAGCACGAGAAGUGCCGUGCUGGGGGGCAUUCUUGCCAGUUGUAUUGUGACAAUAUUUGGAUUUACUACAUCUUCUCCGGAGAUUCAAAAUCAACGACGCAAUGUUCUUACAAAUUUCAUGAGAGCUGUACCAAAGAAAGAGGUUCCUUUUGACAUGUCUGGACCAUCCAUAUCACAACUAACACAAGCCCAUUUCGAACCAUAUCUAAAAGAAGCGUCCAAAAAUGUAAAAUCCGCUGAUCCUGCUUAUAAUAAAGUGCAUCAAAACCAGCACCCGAAUGCUGUAUAUGAACCUGAUCCAGCUGGCUCAAAUAUCCUGUACCAGAAUGAGAUUCCUAUGGUUGAACCACCAUUCCAGCCUGAGGUGAAUAUGGGACAAUAUCAACAGAAUCCUGCAGGUCAGCUUCAUGGGGGAGGCAAUGCUGUGGAUCCUCAAUACCCACCAGAAAUGAAUCCGCAAUAUCCAACAGAACCUCCAGCCCAGUUUCCAGAGGUUGCUCAGACAAACAUCCAGGGAGGUAAUGCCAUGGAACCACAAGUAACUCCAACUUAUCCAGCUGUCAAUGCCGUGGAACCACAAUACCCACCAGAAGUGAAUCCGCAAUAUCCACAAGAACCUCCGGUGCAAGCAAUUAACAGUCAUGGUGGAAUUCCAGUGGAUCCGACCACUCAGCCAGAGAUUACUCCUGGAUAUCAACCUGAUCCUCUAGGCCAGCAACAGGUGGAUCCCCACCAGAAUGUUCCAGGUGCUAAUGUCAUGCCUGAGGUACCACUUAAUAUGCAGGAACCACCAAAUCGUCCCCCAUCAGUAGUUCAUUCAGUGGUUCAUUCAGAACCACCUGCUGCACCAUUUCAAGUAAAGCUCCAAGUAUCGUCAUUCACACAAGAAUCAACUAUUAACCCUUUCGAUCAAAGAGGACAACAGCAAAUCGAUCAAACGUUAAUUUCAGAAGUAAAUCCUGCUGGUCCAGGAACAAAUGGACAGUCACCAGCUUAUCCAGGAACCAAUGCUGAACCAGCAAUGGGGAAUGCAAAUUUAGUUACCAGUCUCUCUAGUGGUGGAGCUGUGUCUCCGGCAGUCGGUGCUGGAACAGUACUUGAGCCAGUUCCAGAGCCAAGUCCAGAACCAUUACCUGUAUCAACAAUGCCACCUAAGCCCUUAACAAGAGCUGAAAAAAGGCGGCUAAAAAAGCUGCAACGUAAAAAAGAACGUGAAGCCAGAAGACAGAAAAAAUUAGCAGCCAGAAAGGCCAAAAAGCUCAAGGAGCAGCAAAGACGACUGGCCAAACAAAAGGCAAAGAAACUCAAAGAACAACAGAGACGAUUAGCUAGGCAAAAAAAGGCUCAAGGACGCAGACGAUCGAAAAAUCCCAGAAGAUCAAAAUCAAGAAAGACCCAAACAAAGCAAGUGUAAUGAAAUAACGUACAAUGCUAAUAUACAGACGGGAUUUCAUUAAAUGGGCUUUUUUCUCAGUUCAAGGCAUUGCGUGUAAAAAUUUACAACUUUGCGGCGUUUGGAAAAUAAAGACGGGCGAUGCAUGGGAGGAAAUAGAAAUCCUGAAAUUGACGAAAAAACCUUUAUCUCUUACUUAGCUUUUAAUGUCGAUUUGUUUAGGUAGACAUUAAACAAAGAUACUGCUGUUUUCCUUCAAAAUUAAAAUAAAAAUAUCAGUAGAAGUACCAUGAGAAUUCUCCUAGAAGUUCUAAAAAAUGAUUUUUUGUAAUUGUUCUCCUCAUUGAUGUUGCCAAAUGACCAUUUUAUAUCAUCCUCGAAAUCAUGACCAAAUGUCCUUUUAUAACUACUUUAUCAAAUAAUUUAUUAUCAUAUCAAAUAACCAGAUUUGGUUAUAAUAAUAUUUUCUUUUACAGAAACCAAGUUCAUGUAUAACGUAUUAUUGCUAUGCAAAUGUUACACCAAAAGCGUGGUAUAUUUUUGUUAUACUCGUAAUGAGAAAUAACUUUCAAAAUCAUAAUAUCUUGUAGAAAGAAUAUAUUUUUAAGUAGUACAUGCAAUAUUCUGAUAUAUGUAUUUUAUUCUCCGUGCUGUAUUUUUCCUGUUAUGAAUUAAUGUACUGUUUGUGUUGAAUAAAUUAAUUUAUAAUUA